UCACGAAGCCACAAAAAGCGAAACAGUCUGAAGGCAACAAACGACAACGAGAGUCGGCCCCGACCUCGCCGGCCUCCGUGAAGAAUCGCACACGACACAACCGAUCCCCGCAAUGGGCGCCAAGGAAAAUGUCAUGUGCAAAAGGGGUGGAAGAUCAACCUCGGCGCACGAAAAUCCGAAGAGGAGGAGAAUCAUUGAGGGGGUGGGAGAGGAGAAGGAGGCAAUUGAUCUGAGGGGUUCCGAUGGUGUCGAGGUAGGCGACACCGGAAAACGAGACGUGUCACGGGACGCAGUCCGGAAGACACAACAGUCUGACCCGCACGAUAAUACCGAGGGCAGCGGUGGACGUAGCGAGGGCACAUGCAACGAAGGAGAAUCGUACGCAGGAGAUGCGAGCAACGAAGAGGAGAACAGCGACAGUGCGUCCCGCAACAACGAGGAUGGCAAUGACGACGAUGAAGAGGAGGAACACCGAUCCCGGAGCAGCGGCACGGAAGAAAGAUGUAGCGAAGACAAUACACAAAACACGCCUCGAAGAACACAUGGAGGAAUAAGUGACCGACGCAGCGAGGAAAACAACGCGGACAAGCAGUUAGUCCUGAAGGAGAAGGCAAACGAAGGACGCCGGCGCAUAUUACAAGGAGGGAGACAGCGCAAGGACGACACGAAAGUGGCCAAGCAAUCGGGGGUUGCCACAGGAGAGGAAAGCGAAUUAUUUGGGAAAAAGCAAAAAGACAGACUGCUGAGGCUCGUCGCGAAAACUUUUGUGCACUCAACAGCGAAGGACGCAACUUUCUACCCUUCUGAGGAUGACUUCUUCAAUGCGGUGCAGUUGGCUGCUACCCUUUUGGGAGAAGAUGUAAGGGCAGGAUGGGGGAAGCAUGUACAGAAGAAGGGUUUGGGGAAUGUGCUUAUAGAGUGCAACCGAAUGAUGACAACGGUCCGCGGAGAGUUGUCUUGACACUUGAGACAUUGGUUCUGGGCAGAGAGAGGUGUCCCCCUCGUACGCGGUGCACAGACGGAUCACAAUAACACCAUGCG